ACUGCAGUGGUGGUGGCACUGGUAAAGGGAGAAGACGGUUAGGCGGCAGUGGAUAAAGUCGCGACAGUGACGGCGCAGCAGCGUUUGUUGCAUAAAACUGGCAGACGGCAGCGGCAACGGUAGAUGCAACAACGACGGCAGUGACAGCGGCGACAGUGGCAACUAGCAGUGGUGGACGAAAGUGGUAGACUCCUGUUAGCAGUGGCAGAGACAACGAUGUGACGGUACGAAACACGGACUGCCGGCUGGAGUGAAAGGAGCAGUGCCGCCGCGCUGGCGAGUGUGAUGCGAAGUGAGUAGGAGGGCUCGUGUUGGCGACUUGAGUCGUGACCUGUCUACUGGGACGUUCCUCAUAGACUAUCCAGCCGGGAAGGGAGAGAAGUGCUGUUGUGUGUCGGAGAAAUAUGCGUGUUGAUGACGAAGACUUUCCCGAGGUCAAGUUUAUCUAGCAGCAACAUUUCGUAAAAGAGCUCCAUCCUACGAUUUCGACCGUCGUCCUGGGUCUGAUCAGGAGUUCCGACUACUCUGGGCCAAAACAACCACUGAAGAGGAACUGCCCCGGGCGCACCAAACUCAACCAGCCAACUAUCUCUCGGAGGACAUCAGAGCGCCCUCCGAGCCUCCAUCCCAGCCAUGUCGUCUACCACGGUGCCUCUGCCACAGACGUUCUCUGUCCAGUACCUGGGCUGUCAGCUCACCGACCACAUGUGGGGGAUUCGUCACACACGCGGCCCCGUCGACUCUGCAGUGGCUGCGGCGCGUGCGGCAGGCCGCCUGCCGCCCCUAAGACUCAUGGUGUCAGCAGGAGGCAUCAGUCUUGCAGGCGACAGCAGCGGCGGGGGGAAGACGGCGACGCCUCCAGCCUCCAGCCCUGGCCGGUUCCCCAUCGAGCGAAUCUCGUACGGCGUUCAGGACAUGGUCCACCGCACCCUGUUCGCCACGAUCGUGGUGCCGGAGCGCGCGGCACGUGGUCCGUUCGUGUGCCACGUGUUCGCCUGUCAGAGCCGUGAUGAGGCUCGUCGCCUCACGUGCGCACUGGCGGCGGCGUUUGCGGCGUACAGCGAACGAGAGCCGGCCGGGAAGACGACCCGGUUUGCCGUGGAUCUGCGCACUCCUGAACAGAUUGAAGCCGAAAUGGGAGGAAGAAGGAUGGAACUGGAGUCCGAGGCCUGAGACGGCAGUCAAAAACCCAUAGAGUGACGAAAAGAAAAUAAAGAAGAUAACGCCUGUUGCUAUACCAGACGGAUUAACCGUAAACGUAAGCUGCAAGACUGUUCGGGCGCCGUCUUCAACACCUGAUCCUGAGCAACUGGAUAGCUGCCUCUGUGAUUCUGGAUAAUUGUUUGAAAUAUUGAUGGUUAUCAAUUAACUGGACUGAGACGAUGAACUAAUCGUAGCAUAAAUGAGUGUAUAAUACGAGCGACAUAACACUUA